AUGGCGCUACGAGUAAGGGACGAUUUGACUUUAGAUGACCUAGACAAUGCAGAAGCAUGGAUUAGAUGCUUUUCAGCUUCCGCACGUUCAAAGAAAUUAAAAGAUGAGAUAAACGGUAGCUACGAGAUAACAGAUUUAUUUAUGGCAAAAGCUUGGAUUGAAGCAGUUAAAAAGAUUUCUCUUAUGGUAUAUCCAGAAGAAUUAGAAAAUAUGAUGUUCGAUGAUAUUAAAACUGUUGUUAUGUCCCAUUUGAGACCUCAAAAACGACUAAUUAUUGCUGAAAGAGUUCGAUUUUUAGCAUUAAAACAGCAAAACAAUGAAAACAUCGUAUCAUAUGCACAAAGAUUACGCGAAGCUUCACGCUUUUGCAACUUCAAAAAAUUGGGAAGAGAUCGCCAAAGUGCGGAAGUUGAUUUGAUUCAAAUGAGAUUGAUUGAUGGUCUCCAAUCUUCUGAUCAGAGAGUUAAAGCUCUAGAAAUGAUACAGAGUGGAGAAUCGCCUAAACUAGGAGCAUGUAUUGAUUUUAUUAGGCAACUGGAGCAAACAUCCUGUUUUAGUAUACAAAACAACAUCGAAAACAGCAUAGACCUUCCUUCAGUUAAUUACAUUGAUAAAAAUAAAGAAAGAAUGAUUAAAUGCAAGUAUUGUGGCCUUCAACACCCACCUAGGAAAUGCCCAGCAUUUGGGAAGAGUUGUAAAAAAUGUGGAAAGCUGAACCACUUUAAAAACGUAUGCAAAGCAAACACUAAAUAUGAAAAAAUAGUAGAGGAAAUAGAGAACGAUGAUGCUAGUGUGUAUUCCAUUAACAUGAAUGAUACAAACUCAGAGAUUGGUGUAAAAAUUAAUGACUACAAUAUGAAAAUGCAAGUUGACACCGGAAGUCAAGUCACAAUUAUUCCAAUAAAUUUUUGGGAACUAAUGUCUAAACCGAAAUUACAAAAAUGCUACCUUCGCCUGAAACAGUUUGAUGGCACAGUUAUAAAAGUCCUAGGCGAAUUUGAGGCAACUUUGGAAACCGAAUCAAAAAUGAAUAUCGUACGAAUUAUUGUUGCAGACUGUACAAAAAAUCAUGGUCUAAUUGGUUUGGAUGUAUUAAAUAUCAACGCCACAAAAUUAGUAAAUAGUAUAAAACCUCUUGUUCAUUGGCGUUUAAUUAAUUACAAAGCAAAUAUUCUGUUAAAAAGCGGCGUACAACCAACUUAUUUUGAAGCUCGACCUCUUCCUAUCCAUAUAAGACCACUAGUGGUAGAUAAACUUUAUGGAAUGAUACAGCAAGGGUUGCUUCAAAGGGUUCCUCCUGGUGGAAGCAGAUGGGCUUCACCGCUUGUGGUUGUUAGAAAAACAGACGGAGAUUUACGCAUUUGUGCGGAUUACAAAAUAGGUGUUAACCAAAAAUUAUGCUCAGACUCAUAUCCCAUCCCAAACAUUGAGACCGUAUUUCAUAAAAUGGCAGGGAUGAAAUAUUUUGCUAAAAUUGAUCUCAAGGGAGCUUAUCAUCAAAUUGAGAUGGACAAAGAGGCACAAGAAAUAACAACAGUUAAUACCCCUAUUAGAUUAUUAAGAUGGACCUGUUUACCUUUCGAAAUUAAGACUGCAAGUGCGAUAUUUCAAAGAGCGAUAGAAUCUGUUGUUGGCGAUAUUAUUCCCAAUAUGAUUAUAUUUCAAGACGAUAUAUGUGUCGGUGCUAAAAAUGCUGAAGAACUCAAAUCGAAUUUAAACAAAAUAUUGAGCAAAUUGAAGGAAUCGGGAAUGAGCAUAAAUAAACGAAAAAAGAAAGGAGUUACAUUCGAAUGGAGGAAGGAGCAUCAACAGGCAUUUGAAUUGCUAAAAAGAAACCUUUGUGAAGAACCCGUAGUGAAGGUUUAUGACAUCAACCAAGAUCUAGAGUUAACAACAGAUGCUAGCGAGAAAGCUAUAUCUGGAAUACUUUCACAGAAUGGCCAUCCGGUAUUGUAUCUAUCACGAACUUUAUCAGACGCUGAGACAAGAUAUUCUAAUAUUGAGAGAGAAGCUUCAGCUAUUGUAUGGUCUGCUCACAGAGCUAGACAUUUUCUGUUGGGUAGAAAAUUCAAAUUAAUAUCAGAUCACAGGCCAUUAGAAUUUAUAUUUGAAAGUAACAAAGAAUUGCCUAAAGUCACAUCCGCUAGAAUUUUAAGAUGGGCCAUACAAAUGAUGGCAUUUGACUACGAAAUAAGCUACAAGAAGGGAGAAAACAUUCCUCAUGCUGACGCAUUAUCGAGAUUGUCCUUUCUACCACAAGAUGAAGAGAAAGACCAAGAAACAUUUAUACACUUAGUCGAGUCAGAUAUAGUGAACCUUGAGCAAAUAAUAAAAGAAACAGAAAAUGAUCGGGUAUUGAUGGACAUCAAAACCAGAAUUAGGAAGAAUAAUUGGAGCAGAUGCUCGGUAACAGAAAGACCCUAUAAAUCUAUUAGGAAUAAACUGACUAUCGAAAAAGGAAUUGUGUGUAAUGGUGACCUCAUUGUACCUCCUAAGACAAUGAGAAAGAUCUUCAUCAAAUCGAUUCAUGAUGAUAUACAUUGUGGCAUAAUGUAA